AUGUCGUUGCUUGGUAGACUGCUCUCUGGCGCAGCGGGCGCAACGAGCUCGACUUCGAGCCCUCGAAACGCCCUUGAUUCGAAUUUGGAGGAUCAGUUCACAUACAAUCUGCUCUUCCCGGAUGCCGAAGCCCUUUGUCACAAUGACCAAGUGUUUCCGCUCUCCUCCGGCACUGUGCUCACGCCAGUGCCCAUCAGCAGUUUCGACAUCAAUGGAGACAUCGACCUAGAUAUGCGAGACGUCCGAGUAAUCAUCAUGCAGGAAGCUACGACCACUACCGGCUCGGCAUAUCUUCUCUACGACAGCCAUACUCCUCCUCCACCCUCUCCAUCGUUAGAUCGCCAAGCAGCCAGCAAUAGCUCAAUCUACCAGGCUCGCUCUGAGGGUCGUCGUUCAAUCAGUGCACCUCGAAAGACAAGCGUGGGGCAGAAUUCGAGACCGGUCAUCAUACAGCAAGACACCUCCGCACCAAGACAAUUUGGCGCUUUUGAUCGCAGAACACACCACGGGGCCCCAAGUUACACUGAGACAGAAGGUCAAAGGUCGGCAAGAGAAUACAGGGAAGAGGUUAACACUUUUUCAAACUGCAUAUUUGGGAAUUCCGAAGUUCUGGCCUAUAAAGGGACCGGAACUAAGGUUCAUAUUCUCCCCUCAGAGUCCAGGACAACAUUCACGUCAAGUUCAUAUAUGGCCGAUGGAAGUGGUUCCUUCGGCCGGUCGAGCAUGCGAAGCAGCAAGCUGGCACAGUCUUUCACGUCGGACACAGUGCAUGGGCCGACAUCGGCUGGUUUCACAAGUCCAAGCACAUUCACCAGGGGUGCAGAAAGAAAAAAGGUCUUGAUCACACGCAUGUUUCCGGUCCCACUGCCCAAUGAUGAUACAGAUGAUGCCGCCCAAAACACAACACCGACGCCUCAGAAUGCGAAUGAGACUGCAGGGUACCCGUUUCCGAAGGUUGGUGAUAGACGACCGACUGAAAAGAAGAAACCUCAACCGAAGCAGAAGAGAACACCAAUGUAUGCUGUUGGCUUGGUUGUACACCUACCAGCAGCUCAUCAUCCUCCUUCGGCACCGGUUUCGAGGUCAAGCUUUCGUGGUCCUAGCUCUUACACAGAGCAAGAGUCUUACCCCUCUUCCUUCAAUUCAAGUCGUCGUUCAGGAUGGACUAUGCUUGGUCAUGGCUUUGGUGUGGAGUCUAUGGAUUCUUCCUUUUCCAGUGAUGUCGACGACCGGAUCGAUAUGAUCACUCAACACUGGGACAUCAUCAUGCGGACUUUAUCACAUCUCCAAGCUGUAGCAACAGCUUCACUUCUCCCUUUGCUCAAGCAAGCCGAUAUCAACUCCCCAGAUCCACGCCGAGAAUCUACAGCGCACCAACGAGCACCGUCUGCAAGCAUUUCAAUAUCUGGAAAGCGUGUUGCUGAGGACAUCAAGCCCUUCAAGAUCCCAAAGACGAACGCCAAGAUGGUUCAACUGCAGGCAAACUGCCUCAUGCAAGUUCCGAAGAUCCACAAGGAAGUCGAUGCGUCACGCCAAAGGAUUAUCAGCGGUAUCAAGGUACAUCAAGUCGUUACUGGUCAAGGAAGAUGGGGCAUUUGGCGCGAAGAAGCAAGGUUGGUCGGCAAAUGGGCUGGAGGAAAAGAUGAAGGGUUUUUCUUCUUCAAUCUGCUUACUGGCUUCCUCGGAAAUCACACAGAAUGGCUUCAAGCCCUCGGGCCAAGCUGGUAUCGUCGUCGGCAUUAUCAACAACAACGAGCAAACAGGGAUGACGAUAUAUCUCUACCGGCCCGGACCAUCAUUGUUUCCGACAAUAAACUCAUGGCUCGCCGCUUAGUAUUUCUCCUGGCGGCCUUUCUCCCGGCUAAUCAACAACAUCCUUCCGGUCGCCUGUAUCGUCCCAGCACAUCGGCAUCUUUCGGAGGAUACUCGCAAUCUCCUCCGAGCUACACCGCGCCUAUUCUAAGAGAGGAGUCAUUGCGUCGCAGGAUCAAUAAGCGCUCUAGUGCUGCUCGAAAUGCGCAUGGUCGAACGAUGAGUUUCCCCGCACCAGGUGCGCAAGGAUCGGGGAAUUUAGGGCCAGAAAUCCAUCACGACCGACGAACCUCGGAUACUACCUCGAUCAAGACUGCAAACCUACCAAUCCCAGGAAGUAAUAUCGGUACGAGAAAGAGUUCUGCUGCAACUACUUCUACUGUCACGCCAGUCACUACGAUGCCCCAUUUCUCGAGGCGUCCAGUUAGAGUAGGCACCGGGCCCGCUCCUCGUCCGGGAAGUAGUGGUAGCCUUGCGACUGAUGACCUUCUACGAUCUUUGAAGCGUGGUGACAGCUCUGGUCAAUUUAGCAAUGCCAGCACCGACUCGCAACAAAAUUCGCGAUGGGGUAGCAUGAUUAGCGGCUUCUGGGGCUCCAAAAUACGAGAUUCGACGGCAUCGACUAGUCUUGACCCUCGAUCAAUCGAAGGUCUAGAGAUCAAUGAUCCUCAUUACAAACCAGGAUCUCCUAAGAAGGGAAAUAAAUUGAUUGAGAUGGUCGAAGAAGCUAGCUGGUGUUCCCAACCGAAGGAUCAGCAAGAUCGUGAGAUGAGGAAGUCGGAAUCCGGCAGUGCAACAACAGCGAAGCCUGAUGAUGAGCAGAUCGAAGAUAUCCCUGAGCAGGUAAUCCAGAUUGCAGAGCGAGUCCCAGACCCGACUGGAGCGUACGAAUCACCGGUCAAGACAUCUAUCAACGAACAUGAUGGGGUUAUUGACAUUGAUGUUCCGCUUCCUGAUUAUCUGGCUUUCGAAUCUGCCAUCAGCUCUCCAUCAAGUAGUGGCUACCUGUCAACUCCAGGUUUUGGAAAUGGGAUGGAAGGCUUCGAACAUUAUUCCCGUGCUGGCCCCGACGUGGAGACGACCAUGAAUGUUGGAGGAUGGCUUCCACGCUACAACCCGGACUUUGCAUUACAAGCAAACCCAUUUCAAGAUAACCUUACAGCAGAGAUCAAGGAAUCAAUGCGUGCUGAACCAACACCAGCCAUGACCUCGACGCCACAUCCCGAUGGCGGAGAUCGAUGGGUUGAUAUCAGUAGUGCCAUCAUCGGUGACACAACCAACUUCACCAUCAGGCGCAUUGUUUAUCGGCGACUUGUCAAGACCAGAGAUUCGAUUCAGCCUACCCCUAGUCUUCCUCAUCUGGACUCGCGAUACGGAAAUGUCUAUGCUGCCGCUCAACUUACACCUUCGGCCGAUGCCGACGCAAAUCAGGUUGAGGAGCGCUUCGAUGAGGAGCCAAUCAUCUCAAUGGAUGAAACGCUCAUCGAUGCCGUCGAGCGUAUCAUCGCACAGUCGGGGCAAGGAUCUAAGACCUCUUCUGCUUGUUCUUCUCGCUCUGCUUCACGCAAGGGAGGGAAUCGUGAACGCUCGAACUCGGAUGCGAAAUUUCCACCUGUUCCGGAGCAUAGACUUGAGGUGCCACGGAAUGAGUGCAAGAAGAUGGUGCUGAGUGCACUUGAGGAGAUUGUCAGAGAAGUGGCAGAGAGUCGGAAAGAUGGAGACGAAGCUGAGAGGGCGCGGGAGUCCUUCUUGCGGGAAGGAGUGAGGAGUUGGCUUGUGAACGUCGAGACGAUGGAUUGA